AUCAUUCAAUAAGUAGUUGUUCUUUAGAAAAUGUGUUUUACACACCUGCAAUUUCUAAAAAUAGUUUAUGAAUGUUAAUUGCUUUGUAUAAAACCGCAAAAUUUUCGAAAAAAAUAAAUCAGUGUUGAAAUAUGUUACUCUCAAUACGUGAUGUGGGUAUAAUUUGUGCUGUUUUUACUCAUAAUAUAAUUUUAGCAGAUGGCGAUAACGCGAUUUUUCAGAAAAACCCCACUAUCCCUGGUAACAGCAGCUGUGGAUAUCAGGAAGCCGAUAAUGAAUGUCAAGAAUGCACCACCCCCAAACCCGGCACCAACAGCCUUAUCAGAAGGGUUUUCGGCGGUAGGGAGGCUUUGAUCAACGAAUUUCCAUGGAUGGCUUUAUUGGGUUAUACGAAUUCUAAGGGUAAUAAGAAAUGGGGUUGCGGGGGGUCGAUAAUCAAUUCUAAGUACGUGUUAACGGCCGCCCAUUGCGUAGCCAGAAUACCAAAGCAAUACGGAAAACUUACUUCGAUCGUAUUGGGAGAGCACGAUACGAAAAACGAAAUCGAUUGCGGGAAAAAUAAAAAAGGCGAUGAAAUAUGCAACUUAAAGCCUAUAACUGCCGAAAUCGAAGAAUAUAUCGUACAUCCCACGUAUAAAAAUGACGAUAACGCGCCUUACGAUAUCGCUUUAGUGAGAUUAAAAGAAGAAGUGAAAUUUUCAACUUAUAUCCAACCGAUAUGUUUACCGGAACCGGAACACGAAUUAACGAACUCGAUCGAAUUGACGACGGCCGGUUGGGGAUUGAUGGAGAAUUAUCAACAUACUACGCAUAAGCGAACCGUGGAUAUUUCUUUUGAAUUGAACCAAGUAUGCGAACAAGUUUUCUCAUCGGAAGGAUUAAAAUUGAUAAAUUCGCAAAUUUGCGCGGGAGACGACGGAAAGGAUACGUGCGCCGGAGACAGCGGGGGUCCUUUGAUGAUUAAAUAUGGUAAGGAAGCGAGAUGGUUCCAAGUCGGUGUAGUAUCCUUCGGCGGUACGGUGUGCGGCGUUAAUCCCGCUGUAUAUACCAGAGUUAUGGAUUUCGUAAAAUGGGUACACGAAACUGUCAAACCUUGAUAAAAUUAUUACCCCGUGAGAUUUUUUUGUAUUGAAUUCUUAAAUAAAUAAGUCGAAUAAU